UGUCAUAGAUGGCAGUUUUCUCUGAUUGGUGGCGCUAUCUAAAACGAAAGUUGAAACUUGAUGACGGCCGAAAAGUAUUCUAUGUUGUGCUGAACUGAAUGUUCAAGCUUCUCAACCGUGUUUGAUAUAAAGCAACAAAUAGAAUGAGCGGUAAAAUUCCGGGACUCCUACGAGUCACGUGGCAUCCUCUGCAGACGAUUUUACGAGGACUCAACUGCCGCACAGCAUCAGUAACAAAAAUGCACAGGAAGACGUACGAGAGAAUGUAUCCAACCAUAGUCGUUCUGCCCGAUGGGAGUAGUAUAAAUAUAAAAUAUCAUGAGCCUAGACAUAUAAUAAAACUUCCUCUAAAUUUAGCGACUUUAUCGGAAGCCGAACGAAAGUUAAGGCUCAUCGCCCGUAAACCAAAAACUUUUAUCAAGAUAGAAGAAGAUAUCGACGAUGACGAUUUUGAUGCGAAGAAGUAUCUCAAGUUCGUUAAAAAAUGACCCUGUUUGGGAUCCGUUGUGAUUUA